AUGAUUUGGGUGUGUGUGGCUUGGGCUAUAGCCCACACCGAGCCCACCAAAUCAAUAUCGUCAUUUACAGCCAACGACUUUUAUGUAUUUAAAAAUGCCUGGGCUACCUCCACUUUUAUAGACUCGGAUGGGAAUCUCGAGGAAUUCUCGCCACUUCGCGUUAUACAGCCUGGGCCUAGUUUCUGGUGCAGCAGCGGCUCUCAUUCCGCUUCCGAUAUAGUUUCUUGGACAGGGGAAUUUGCAAAGCAACCCCUUAUUGAAACUCUAACAAUUGACUGGACAUAUGCACCCAAAGAAUUCCAAAUCUCCGCAUCCGCAGAUGGGAUUAACUACACUAGUUUGAUGCCAUUUCAACCUAUACUGGCACAAAAACCUUCAUUUACACAGUUUGUCAAAUUACCAGUGCCUUUUUUGUCUAAAGAGUUGAAGAUAAGCAUGAAAAAUCCACAAGACAACUUUUUUGGCAUAUCAUCUGUCAAAAUUAGAGCAGCUGGUAAUCCUUUAUUUAUGUUGAAAAGCGGAAUAACAUGCAGUGGUGGCGAAUUAUGUCUGGUUAAUAAGAAUAAUAAGCCACUACUGAUUAAUUGUUUGGAGGCCAUUGCAAUAUCCUCAGGAAUUGAAUUAUGGCGCUUUAAUUCAAACCAACAGAUAGUGUCUAUAUCGCCAUUACCAGACACAGGAUCUAUUGAUUUGGCAGAUUUAAGUGCUAAAAGUGAAAGCGUUGAUAAAUGCCUGGCAGUGCCACUCAACUCAUCAAACAACACAAAUAGCAGUGCUAUAGGUCAAAUUUUUGAAGUAUUUAUGGCUAAUUGCGACGAUUUGUUAGAUCAAGAUGAUGCAUUUUCCCGUUGGAACUUCGAGUCUAAUUCACAAAUAUCACUAUUAUCCCCCCAGCCCUUGUGUUUGUCCCAAGUCGACAUAUUUCCCACUCAAAGCGGCGAAUCACUAACAGGAAAUGUCAAUUUGACAGGGCUAGUUGAGGUUGAAAUCAAGUCACUCCAUACAAAAGGACACGAACCGAAAUUUGCCAUUGACAACAAAUUGGAAACAUACUGGGCUUCACCUCUCUUACAGCCAAACGACAUCAAUAAGAGUAUAACCGUUGAAUUAUUGCUUAAGAAUCCGUAUUUAAUCGACUCAAUUGUCAUUUACUGGGAGUACCCCGCAUUUUCAUAUUUGUUCAAAACGUCACUGGAUAACAUUAAUUACAACAACGGUCCAUACAAUGCUUCCAAUGGAUCUACUAAAACAGUGGACAUGUUUGGUAUUGAAGCCAAAUAUAUACAAUUAACAUUAUUACAUCCACACAUAAACUACAAAGUCAAAAAUAACCAUAUCUAUGGAAUAAGGGAGAUACAAAUAAUGACUUAUGCAACGAAUACAGUUGUUGAGAAUUGUAAAAUUGCUGCCAAUAGUUCGGAUGCUAGGGAUAAGUAUUUUGUUGACUACGUGACCCAAUAUGAUCCCAACAUAUCCAAGUCAAUCACCACACUGGAGGCGAAUCUAGUAGAUUUUUCAAAUUAUAUAUUUGAAAAAUCUGAUUAUCUAAACGAAAAGUUAAGUUAUUUGCACGAUGCAUUGGAACAAUCGAAAGAAUUCUCAGAUACAUUAGGUGAUAUUGAUAAAUUUCUGAACGAAGUGAGGAAGGAAUCGCCCUUUGACACAUACGAUAAAUCUUAUAUUGGGGAAUCAAAAAAUUUACCUGCAGACAGUUGUCAAAUCGUUUUAACACAUAAUAAGCAUGCUAAAAGCGGCUUUUACUGGCUUAAUCCAGCAUGUUCCCCCUUCGCCUACCGAGCAUAUUGCCAUUUCUACCAAGCACAAAGCAAAUUGAUUUUUAUAGAAAAAGCAGAAGGUAAUAUAUCAAAUCAAAAUACUAGCAUAGCUCGAACGUGUGCAAAAUACGGUUUGGAACCGCUCAUAUUGAGUGAUAAACUGGAUUAUGAUGCGUUGGUGGCUUCUGUUAUUGCCUUUGGAGUUACCGACUUUAUCCCCCUAGCUAAAGACUAUCAGUGUCACGGCUAUAAGUGCAGUGGCAAUUUUUACGAUCUAUUCCAGGGAAUUGAAAAUGUCACCAAUUUACUCAAGUUCCAUUCAAAUACUUCACCGGGGGAAUUUGAUGAUCUUGCAGGUUUUACAUACGCUGAUCAAAUUGUAUACAAAAAAUCAUCAAACACCAAUAUCACCUAUGUGGUAUGUACCGACAAUGGUUACAACCUAGAUAACUUCGAAAAACUUAGUUGUGAUGAUGUUCUAAUUGGAAAUGAGAAACUACUCGGCGAAUUAAACACUUCUAUCUAUGUAGAAUGUCCUACCGGAUGUCAGCACUCCAAAAUGCCGAUAUACGGAUCCAAUUACGCCUUCUCAGAAACAUCCUCAAUUUGUAAAGCAGCAAUUGAAUCGGGAGUUAUUUCUGAUGGCGGCCGAUUUGUCAUUACAAUCGAGGGACCUUUAUCCAUGGACUCUCAGAAUACCAAUAAUAUUGACACUGGGGCUAAAACAACAGGUGAUGGUAAUGAUACUAACACAAAUUUAUAUGGCCGUUUGUCAUUCCGUAUAAACCGCACGACUAAAAAAUGCCCAAUAGACAUUCUUACUGAGUCAAAACACACAUAUAAAAAUGAGCAUGUGCACAAACAGAUAACUCACGAACUUUUACACAACUCUGACUUAUUUUUUGGCGCAGAAAUUAAACUUCCAGCCAGUGAAUAUGCCAAUGAAGAAGUUGAUCCCUGGACUGAAAAGCUAUCCAAAUUUUCAGUUGACCAAAUAGACACAGUGUAUGGCAUAGACCCCUUGUUGGCUAAGCAUUCCGUGGAAGAGGCUAUUAUUACUAUUGAUAAAUUCAGCAAAAAGUUCAAGAAAGUAGCUAGAAGGAGCAGGAAGUUGUUUAUCAAGGCUUCAAAUGUGCUGGAUGAAUUGGAACGUCUUCACAACGAUCUUGAGGUAAUACAUUCAGAAAGGAGUGUCAAGUUGGGAAAGAUUGAUAGCUCUAAAGAGGAUAAGGGAUUUGAUUUGGAAAAUACGCCUAUAUUCACCGAGUUCAAAUUAGACACUUCAGGCAUCAGCGUUGCAGAUAAAUCUUUAAAUGUGGUGUUUGGUACCUCUGACGAAUGGAGAAUUGUCAACACUAGAUAUCAUUCAAUAAAUGACUACCUAGCUCACUAUCCCACAUCAAAUACCAAACAUCACAAUCCUGUAUCUGAUAACCCACCCAACUUAUCUAUUGCCUUGAUAAAAUCGCAUAAAUUCUUUAACUUCAAGCUCAUAUUUUCGAUUACUUCGCUAGAUGAUAAAAUUUGUGGAAUCAUAUUCAGGUACCACGACAAUUUCAACUACUAUAAAUUACUUUUUGACACGUUAAAUGGGGAAACCAGACUUGAAAUAGUGUCUAAUGGUAGAACAAGUCCACUUGCUACCGUUAAAAAUGGCGGUUUGACCCCAGAAAGAUGGACCAAAGUUACACUAUCAGCUGAUGGGCCCUUAAUCACAGUUGAUUUGGGGAGACACAACACUAAUAUCCUGAGUGUGUUGGAUGAAACAAUUAGCUCCGGUUCCAUCGGUUUUUACUCCACCGGUGAUACGUUCUACUCCAAUCUAACCGUUUCUCCCCUGGAUUGUACACAAGCUGAGCAAGUCAAAUCGUUAGAUAUUAAGUGUUCAAAUUUUGUAGAAGAGUUUUUAGGGGAUCCUUACGAUACCUAUGAUAUUGGGGGAUUUAGUGUAAAAACUAAUAAUGAAAAUUUUGUAGGCUGGAGUUACAGUGGAAAUAUGUUGGUUCAAAAGAGUCCCUUAGCAAUUUUGGAAUCAAUCGCUUUAUUAUCGCAUAAUCGCAAAUGCAAGUUAGGGGUCUUUAGUUUUCUUGUUUGGCCAGAACGGAAGAUUCAUGCUACAAGAAUUCCUUGCGUUGGUGCCGUAUUUUUUUAUAAGGAUAACAACAAUUUUGGUUAUUUAUCAUUGCAAAAAGAUAGUAUACAAUUAGUGGGUAGGAAAGAUGGAACUGAAUCAACGGUUAAAAAGGUGGAGCUAAAAGGCUUCACAUUCCACAAAUGGCACAAUGUAUUUGUUAAAUUGGCAACAGAUAAUAAUGUUAAUGUAACUAUUAAUGACAUUGGAAUUGAUGGUAAAAUGGAAAAAAUUGCUGUCAUUGAGGGCAAAUUCGAUGGUUUUACUGAUGGUAACAGGAUUGGUUUAUUUGUAAACAAUAUCACCCGGGUGCUAUUUAAGGACAUUCAGUUGCAUGAUGAACAAUCUACAUCUUCUAAUGUAUCUUUGUUGCAGCAAAAUGAAGUUAGCACAGGAACUGAUAACAAGAUUUGGGAUGAAUGUCUAGCAGGUGGUUAUUAUGAGAGAUUGGUUCUAUGCAAAGAGAUACGCAUUGAUUGUAACAAUUUUUGUGUCAACUGCUGCAAACACCAUACCAGUUUACUUUCAAAGCAGUCUUACGAUGAAUGUCUUAUUGAUUGUCAAAAUAUUCAAACACCAAGCAAUGAUAAAAAAGCAUUUGACAAGUAUAUUCAAUCUUGUUCGCCACUGCCAUACGGAUAUAAUAAGCCGCAUUUCAAGCACUGCCAGAAUGAUAAUGAAUGUAUAAUCAAUGCGUGCAUACUGUGUUGUGAAUCUGGAAUAAAUACGGAAGAGGAACAUUAUCUGCAAAAGUGUUAUCAGAAUUGUACAAAAUCUGCACUUUUGUUGGCGAAGCGUCAAUUUGAACUAUGA